AUGUCGUCAGAUUACGAGAGAACUAUUCUGGAUUUUUACCAGCUCCCCAACCCAUACCCCGACGAAUGGCCAGCCGAGAAGAACCAGAGCGAUGCAUCCGACGAUGAGGACGAGGCCAAGGACGAGAAGAAGGCGAAGCUGCAGCGCCGCAAGUCGCGAUACCAGGCACUUGAGAGAGCCGUCAGUGACCGACGCAGCAUAAUCCCCGGCGCCCAGUCGGACAAGGGAGGUGUCGCCAACAUUGUCCAGCGCGACGAGCCCGAUCCCUUGGGCACCACCGACAGUGUCGUCAGGACCCUCCGCCAGCUGGGAGUCCCCAUUCAGGACGAUCCGCGCUUGCGCAAUCGAUUCCUCCUGUCCUCGACCACCUUCUCUCCCGCCUUGUUCCUCUCGCAAAUGCACGCGACUGCCGACACCCAAAGCUUGUUGACCGGCCUGGACAUGCUGUCCCAGUCAAUCGAUCAAAAAUCCGCAUCACUUAAGGUUCUGGUGGAGACCAACUUUGAGCGCUUCGUCAAGGCCAAGGCUACCAUUGAUAAUGUGUACAAGGAGAUGAAGUAUCGCGGCGCCGAGCCGCCUCCGCCGCCAACCACGGGCCGUGCUCGAGCUCACUCCCGCCACGCGAGUCGCAGCAGCUUCCGAGGCAGCAACGGCGGCAUGAACCUCGCCGCAUCCCUCGGAUCUCCCACCUCGGACGCUCGUAAGAAAAACGCCCUCGUCAAGGAAAGCGAAUACGGAGUCUCGGGCAUCAAGGCGCCUCUUCUGGAUGUCUCUGCCAAGGCGGAAGAUGUGUGGGGUCCGGCGCUGGGAGGACGUGAGAAGGAGGAGAAUCUCAAGGUUGUGUCGGCGAACCUAGAUCAGUUCAAGGAGUACGUCGAACUAAGCUCUGCCAUUGCCGAGAGCAUCAAACGAAGAGACUACGAGAGUCUCGUGGAGGAGUACAACAAGGCGCGCAAGUUCUCAGACGAUGCAAGAGCACUGGCUGCAAACGCCGCUGCGGGCUCUUCGAGCCAAACCGACAUCUAUCAAAUUGUUUUGGCGGCACGCAUAUGGCACGAUGUGGACGAGCAGAUCCAGGCCUUCAAGCGGGACGUGUGGCGGAAGCUCGUCACCCUUCACGGCGUCUCCAAGGCCGACAACCUAGGCCAGCAAGACCAGCACAUGGAGCUGAUUAGUCUGCUUCUCGAGCUGGGCGUCGACGACAACCCCAUCUGGGUCUGGCUGCUUAGUCGGUACGACCACCUCAAGGGCAAGAUUCAGUCGACGUCAGACCGCUCCAAGGUCGAGGUGGAGGUUCUACGACGACGCCUGGCCAACGCCGACAAGCCCGGAGCGCACGCGGUUGCAUCGCAUCUGCGGUCUCUGGGGCGCGCGGCCGUGGAGAACAAGAUAGCCUCGGCUGACUCCGCCGACGUUAUAGAGCUGUGGGAAAAGAUGCUGGCGUUCUUAUCGAGUAUCCUAUCGGCUCAAGGCAUCCUGGGAGAGGUGUUGGACUUUUGGCAGACGGUUCAAGGCUUCCUGGAGGGCAAGAUCCAGCGCACGCUGCCUUUGGGGUACAAUGGAGAAUCGCAAGUCCAUCACCAGCUACCAGAGGAGCGUGCUGGAGAUUUGCAAAAGGGCACGCUGGAGCUAGUCGACCUGAUUCGCGAAACAGUCUUUGCCUUUUUCGCGGGCCCGCCACCCGAGGAUAUCUCGUUGCUCUUCUCGCCCCUCCCCCUAUCACCCAAGAGUCCGCCCUCUGCAGGAGCCGGAAACCUCACACCCACCGGGUUUUUGGAUCCUCGGCUGAACCUCGACCCUAACAACAUUCCUCCUCCUUCGCCCAAGCGCGGCGAGACGUGGGAGAAGCUAGCGUUUUGGCCUCCGUGGUCCAAUUCCGUCAGUGGUGUCCACUACCUUUCCAAGAUGCUCGCCCUGGUAGGUUCGGGCGCGUCCGACUUGGCGAGCAUCGGCCCCGUUGCGAAUGGACUGGACCCUGGCGUCUUGGACAGGCUCAAGACGCUUGUCAACAUUUCCAGAGAACGAUGCGUCACCGCUCUUUGCGCAGCAUGGAACAAGGACGCUGAGAAUAUCAAGUUCGUAGAGGACUGGUACCGAUCACCGGAACUGGGCGACCUCACCCGCAUGCCCUCGAGCUUUUCCGCCUUUGAAGGCGCGUUGCUUACAGGCAUGCAGAAGAUCCUGUACAUAUCCGAAGCCAUGUCAAAGCCUGGUGCGGGGGAUAUUGUCCUCCCACCGCCUAGUAAACUCUUGCAGAUGGUCAGAAGCCAGUACGUCACGACGCUCUAUAAGGCGUUGAGCGGCAUGGUGGAGAACGCCGAGCGAUCUGUCAAGAAGGCCGACGACGAUUGGACAACGGAUAUGGACGGCACCAUUGUCGCCUCCGCCGCGCCCGCUCCCAGCGGCGGAAGAGCGACACUCGACGCGGGAGACAGGAACGUCCGUAUGCUCCUUACUCUCAGCAAUUUGCAGUCACUCCGCGCCAAGGUCGUGCCGAGUCUCAACUCGCAGUUUGAGAAUGCCUUCUCGGUCAAACUUAGCGAUGAAUCCAAAACGAUCAAGGAUGUUCUGGGCCAGAUUGACGCUAGGCUCUUCCAAUCAUACACCCGCCCAUCCAUUGAAGAGCUGCGCAACAUUGUCAGAGCCGGGGUUGCCUCGCCCGACUGGGUCCCCGAGGUGGGCCAGAAACCGCGGGAAGCGAGACCCUACGUCUACGAAGCUCUCCUCAGUCUCGUGCUCGUCCACACCCAAGUCUCGACCACGGCACCCACGCUCACCUCGCAGGUGCUCUCGUACCUCCUCGAGCAAACCAGCCGUGAGCUUCUCGAGGCGUUCCGCACGCGACAGAGAUACACCCUCGAGGCGCUGAUGCAGGCCACCCUGGACGUCGAGUUCGUCGCCCAGACGCUCAGCCAGUACACCACCGACCGUGCCUCGGCGCUUCAGAGCGAGAUUUACCAGGAGCUCGAUGGGCGCACCGAUAACGACGCGCGCGCGCGCCUGCAGAGCGAGCUUCCCGAGAUGAGGAGCGUGUUGAAGCGACUGCGCGAGGCGAGCAAGAACGAGUUUACGUGCUUCAGGAAGAUCAAGCGGCCCGGCAUCGGACCCUCGAGGACGGGCACCGGUGAUUCUGCGGCGAGUAUCAAGGGCUAG